CUCAGUCACGUAUUGACUAAUUGUCUGCAAUGUCAAAUAUGCUUCCUCAUCAGUUACACUUUCAAUGAACAGUUUUUCUUGAAAUCUUUUGCUGGGUUGCUAGAGGUCACUGUAACAUAUAGGUUCUCUUUAAGAAACAAUACAAGACCUAAUUUAUAAUUGACAGGGAAAGAGAAGGAAGAAUGUAACACGAAGAGACAAGCCCCGAGAAAACACUACUCUGCCAUAACUUGAGAACCAAGAAGUCUUCUUAUUUUACAGGACCGAAUACUGAAAGAAGAAAAAUGGCAAAAGGAAAGAAAAAAGCAGGACCAAAAGGAAAGAAAAUCACCCUUAAAAUGGCCAAAAGCUCCAUAAAGAUGACAGUUGAUGGCAAAAGACGUCUUGACCUCAGCAACAUGGGCAUUGCAACAUUCCCCAAAUGCUUACUUAAACUGGCAGAUGUGGAGGAGCUCGAUCUUAGCAGAAAUACGCUCACAAAAAUUCCAGAGUAUAUUGAAAAGUUUCAGAAUCUGCGCUGGCUUGAUUUACACAGUAACCAUAUUGAAAAGAUCCCAGACACCAUUGGGCAACUACAAAACCUAUAUUAUCUCAACCUUUGCAAUAACAAAUUGACAGCAAAUUCAAUCCCCAUUGAAAUCAGCCAGCUAAAGAACAUGCGUCAUCUGAAUCUUGGAAUGAAUGAAUUUGAAUGCAUCCCAACAACAAUCGCAGCUCUGAAAGAACUGCAGGAAUUGGGUCUUUUUGACAAUAAGCUCACCACCCUCCCUGAAAAUGUUGUAAAGCUCCCAAAGCUCAAAAAGGUUAAUACCAAACGGAAUCCAUUCCCACAGCCAGCAGAGGAAGAAGAGUUGGACCCCAUAAAACGUGUAGAGAGCCUUUACUUGGUUCAUGAAGAUAAACUGUGUGUGCCAUGUUCGACAAAGUGUAAAGAUGAAAGGGAGAAGCUGAACAAAAUGAAAACAUGUACAUCUUCACAAAAGAAAGUACAUUUUACUGGGCUUAUUACCCCAAAUUCCAUAGCACAGGAAACCCAAGCUGUGUGGAGGUAAAUAAAUCUAGUCAGGAAAAAAAUGUUAAAAAAUGAAUAAACCUAACCUAAUAAACCUAAUUAGAUAGAUAGAUAGAUAGAUAGAUAGAUAGACAGAUAGAUAGAUAGAUAGAGUGCAUAAAUACUGUACAUACAGAAUGAAUUUUCAUACAAAGGUAUACAGUUAAUCCUGAAUGAUACAGCUGAAAUUAAUGUUAUCUAUUUGCAAAUAUAGCCAUUCACUACAUUUUGGGAAACCAUCACUUUGGAAACACAUAGCUUGUUAUGAAUAGUGUUGUUCAAAUCACAAAUAUCCUGAGGCUUUUAUCCUAAGCAAAAUCCAUCAAGGUGAAAAUUUCUUACACUUUAAGGAUAUGCUGUGCCAAAGAACCUAAGCGUGUCAUCUAGACAUUUACAGUCCAUACAUUUCUAACCAACUUUUCUUAUAUUCUCAAAAGGCAUAAAAACAAAAUCUUACUAAAGAUUAUAUGUUCAGCUUCUGAGACUUUGAUAGAAAAGUAUGAAUUAACCUAAUGAGAGAAUAAAAUACAUGCUUGAAGCCAUUACAGGGGGUCCUCGGGUUACAACACAGUUCCGUUCCUACAACAGUGAUGUAACCUGAAUUUUGGUGUAAGUC